AGGAGAAAAGGAGCAGCAGCUGCAAGGGCCCUUUAAAUGCCUAAGCCCCUCCCUGAGCCUGCCCUGCCCUGCGCUGAGCUACCGGGAAGUGAUCCCUGGGGCUGGGUUCCUGCUUUCCCCAGUCUGAGGAGUCAUUGCAGUCAGCCACACUUCUGGAUGUGAGUACUGAGUACUGGCCCCAGCACCCCAGCCAGUGUAGGGCCUUGUGUCCCUCGGGGCUCUUUCCAGCCUGUCCUGCCUUUUAGUGCCUUCUGUUGGGGCAGGCACGGGCGUAACCAUGGCAACUGAAGAGUCCAUCAUCCGCAUCCCCCCUUACCACUACAUCCAUGUGCUGGACCAGAACAGCAAUGUGUCCCGUGUGGAGGUUGGGCCAAAGACUUACAUCCGGCAGGACAAUGAGAGGGUCCUGUUUGCCCCCCUGUGCAUGGUGACCGUCCCCCCACGCCACUACUGCACAGUGGCCAACCCGGUGUCCCGGGAUGCCCAGGGCUCGGUGCUGCUCGAUGUCACGGGGCAAGUACGGCUCCGCCACGCGGACCUGGAGAUCCGGCUGGCCCAGGACCCCUUCCCCCUGUACCCAGGGGAGGUUCUGGAAAAGACUUGCCCCUUUGAGAGCUGUCAGCCCAUCUCACCACCUAACCAACCAGGCUCCAGAGCCUGCUGGGAACUCCCGGCCAAGCUGGCACUGAAUGGCUUGUGCCAAGAAUGCUCUUCCCGGCCUUGCUUUCCUACCCCAACAGAACCUCCUCAUUUUAACACUACGCGCUGGGCCUGCGGCAAAGCCGGGUCCUGGGUCAGGGUUACCACCUGCCCUUCUGUACUCGCACUCCGGACGGGUUUGCUAGCCUUGUGGGACAGCUCUGCCGCCACAGCAGUAUCAAGCAGGAAUGGAGACAAGGUAGUGGCAGGAGACGAGUGGCUAUUUGAAGGACCUGGCACAUACAUCCCCCAGAAGGAGGUGGAGGUCGUAGAGAUCAUUCAGGCCACGAUCAUCAGGCAGAACCAGGCUCUGCGGCUGAGGGCCCGCAAAGAGUGCCGGGACCGGGACGGCAAGGAGAGGGUGACCGGAGAGGAAUGGCUGGUCCGCUCGGUGGGUGCGUACCUCCCCGCAGUGUUCGAGGAGGUUCUGGACUUGGUGGACGCCGUGAUCCUCACAGAAAAGACGGCGCUGCACCUCCGGGCUCUGCAGAACUUCCGCGACUCAAGGGGAGUGGCCCGCCGCACGGGGGAGGAGUGGCUGGUGACGGUGCAGGACACGGAGGCCCAUGUGCCCGAUGUCUACGAGGAGGUGCUGGGGGUUGUGCCUAUCACCACCUUGGGCCCCCGCAACUACUGUGUGAUUCUCGACCCCGUUGGACAGGAUGGCAAGAACCAGCUGGGGCAAAAGCUUGUGGUCAAGGGAGAGAAGUCCUUUUUCCUCCAGCCGGGCGAGAGGCUGGAGCGAGGGAUCCAGGACGUGUACGUGCUGUCGGAGCAGCAGGGGCUGCUGCUGAGGGCCCUGCAGCCCCUGGAGGAGGGGGACGGUGAGGAGAAGGUCUUGCACAAGGCUGGCGACCACUGGCUCAUCCGUGGCCCCCUGGAGUACGUGCCGUCUGCCAUGGUGGAGGUGGUGGAGGAGCGUCAGGCCAUCCCCCUGGACCAGAACGAGGGCAUCUACGUGCAGGACAUCAAGACGGGAAGGGUGCGCGCGGUGAUCGGAAGCACCUACAUGCUGACGGAGGACGAGGUCCUGUGGGAGAAGGAGCUGCCUCCGGGGGUGGAGGAGCUGCUGAACAAGGGGCAGGACCCUCUGGCCGACAGAGGGAAGGAGGUGACCAAGACGCUGCAGCCCUCCGCUCCCCGGAACAAGACCCGCGUGGUCAGCUACCGCGUCCCUCACAACGCGGCGCCAGCCAGGAGGGUGGUGUCAGAGUCCCAUGUGAAGGUGAGAGAGGUGUUUCCUGGAGGAAAAUGCUUCCCUGUCCUGGGCCCCUUUGCUCACAGGCACUUUGAGCUGAGUGACCAGAAGGACCCCCAGGAGGCGGCUAAGCUCUUCUCCGUGCCUGACUUCGUGGGGGACGCCUGCAAGGCCAUAGCGUCCCGGGUGCGGGGGGCCGUGGCCUCGGUCACCUUCGAUGACUUCCAUAAGAACUCGGCCCGCAUCAUUCGCACGGCCGUCUUCGGCUUCGAGACUCUGGAACCCAAGGGGACCGAUGCUGAGACUCUGCUCCAGCCCCGGGACCGGGCCAUCUUCCCCCAAAAUGGACUGGUGAUCAGCAGCGUGGAUGUGCAGUCGGUGGAGCCUGUGGACCAGAGGACCCGGGACGCCCUGCAGCGCAGCGUCCAGCUGGCCAUCGAGAUUACCACCAACUCCCAGGAGGCAGCUGCCAAGCAUGAGGCUCAGAGACUAGAACAAGAAGCCCGUGGCCGGCUUGAGCGCCAGAAGAUCUUGGACCAAUCAGAAGCCGAGAAAGCUCGCAGGGAACUCUUGGAGCUGGAGGCUCUGAGCACGGCCGUGGAGAGCACCGGGACCGCCAAGGCGGAGGCCGAGUCCCGCGCAGAGGCGGCACGCAUCGAGGGACAGGGCUCCGUGCUGCAGGCCAAGCUGAAAGCAGAGGCCUUGGCCAUCGAGACGGAGGCUGAGCUCCAGCGGGUAACGAAAGUACGAGAAUUAGAACUGGCCUAUGCCCGGUCCCAGCUGGAGCUGGAGGUGAGCAAGGCCCAGCAGCUGGCUGAGGUGGAGGUGAAGAAGUUCAAGCAGAUGACGGAGGCCCUGGGCCCCAGCACCAUCAGGGACCUUGCCAUUGCAGGGCCAGAGAUGCAGGUAAAACUGCUUCAGAGCCUGGGCCUGAAAUCGACCCUCAUCACUGACGGCUCCACUCCUAUCAACCUCUUCAGCACAGCCUUGGGUCUGCUGGGGCUGGGGUCCGAGGCCCAGCCGGCAGCCAAAAAGGCGGCCAUGGGUCCUGGCCCCGAAGACCACUUGCUUCUCCAGUCCUCUCAAGUUCUUGGAAGCAAGCACACUGUGCCUUAGCGCCGUACAACGUCGACAAAUAAAACGUACACUUCUGGGCAUUGAAA